AUGGGGAAAGCGGGAAGCAAAGUCCUGCGGGAGACAUCUAUGGACGGCGUCCAAACGCAGCCUGCCCGAGGUGGACCAGUGAGCCACUUCAGCAGCACCACCGCAAUGAAGGUAAAAUGGACCCAGUUGGGCCUAAUCUUUUUCCUGCUGCUAUCCAUAGUCAUGACAGCCUGCUUCCUCUGGCAGUACCAGCUACCGAAGGUGGAACCAGAUGAAGGUGUAGGAGGAAAUACCAAAUCGGAGACAAUGUGCCCUCGUUUUCCAGAACCCACGUCCUUGGAGCACCCUAUCCCUAGUCUCAAGGAGGCCCUUGAGAAGGUGGACUCUCUUCUACGCCGUAGCAUCAACCCUAAAAGCCUCCCAGCUUUGUCAGCCAUUGUCAUUUUCAAUGACACCGUACUUUGGACAGGAAACUUUGGUAAAAGGAAUGGGAGCGACCCACUCUCAACCCCACCCAACGAGUACACGAUAUACAGGAUUGCCAGCCUGUCUAAGAUCUUCCCCACGCUGAUGCUCUACAAGCUGUGGGAGGAAGGGAAGGUGGGCUCCCUGGAUGACCCUCUGGAGAAGUACAUGGAGAACUUCACAAUCAAAAACCCGCUGGGAAAGACCCGAAACUCUGAGCUGAAAUACGUGACUGAUGGGCUGAUCUUCUUGGACAGUGGGGAGGUGCAGAUCCGUUCCUCAUCUGUAACUCUGCGGCGGAUGGCCAGCCAGCUUUCUGGGUUACCAAGAGGGCUCAGGGCUACUAACCUGCUUUGGAAGGGAAAGACUCAGACAGCGAUCAAUCUCCUGCAGGAUGAUGUCCUCAUAGCGGACCCUGGUACAAAAUGCCACUACAGUAAUCUGGCCUUCUCCCUGUUGGCCCACGUGCUGGCAGAGAAGGUGGUUGGCAUUGACUACCAGCGCUGGAUUACUGAUAAUAUCCUGGAUCGCUUGGGGAUGGAGGACACAGGCUUUGACAUCACCCCAGGCAUUCAAAGCCAGAUGGCUGUAGGUGUCUACACGGAUGGGGAACCGGCACCCCUCUAUGACUUGGGCUGGUACCGGCCCUCUGGUCAAAUGUUUUCAACAGCAGCUGACCUGGCCAAGCUUGCCAUGAUGCUCCUGGGGGCCUACCACCGCAAGCUGCUGGAACCUGACACGCUCAAGAUCAUGCUGACACCUCUGUUCCGCUGCGACAAAGACUACUUUGCGAAUCGCACGGGCACGCCCUGGGAGGUGAACGAGCAGCUUGGUUAUGAGGUUGUGCGCAAGGAUGGGGACUUGGAUGGCUAUUCCGCUACCUUCUCUCUCGUUCCCCGGCUCAAACUUGGUCUCGUGGUUCUAAUGGCUGGGGCCAGGCCGCAGGAUAUGGAUGUAGUCACAAAAGCCUACAGUUACAUCAUCCCCGCUAUGGAGGGGGCCUUCCGAGAUGCCAACCACAUUCUGAACCCACCACCCAACCCAGCACCCUAUGUAGGAUUCUACACCUACAGAAACCUCACCUUCUAUGAGAUCAAAGCCGGGCAAGAUGGAGUGCUCAUUAUGCAGCAGUUUGGACCUCAGAUUGAGGACCUCAUCCCAGAGCGCUAUAGGACAAUAAAGUUGAAUUAUCUGGAGGACAGGAUCUUUAGAGUGGCUUUUGAAAAGCAAUACCCCUGUGUAUUAAGAGUCAGCACUGCCUCCGUGUCCUUGGAAGCACAGGACGGGCAGCUUUUCAACUUCUACAUCUUCGACAAGAAGGGUGUGUCUCCAGGAUUUGAUGCUCCAGGACUAAACACGUACAAUGUUGUCCGUAUAACACGCAGACCAACAUUUUCUAACUAGUCUUUCUAACACCCGGGGAAGUUUGUAUGGUGUGCAAAGACUUUCUGGUUGGAUCAACCUGGACAAUAUUGCAUGUUCAAGGCAGGGAUGGUUCUGCACAUGAAGUGCUGUUCACAUUAGAAAACC